AUGUCGUACAAACUGGAUUUGCGCAAGUCUGUCGCAGAUUGUUUUGGCAAACUAAGUACAAAAGAAAUACUUGCGAAAUUCAAAGACAAACCAAUCUCACGUUCAAGCAUAUUUCGUGUUUUAAAGGAUUGCCAUGAAGGUAAGGAACAGGAAAACAAAAAGAAAUCUGGUCGUCCACCAAAACUAAGUGUCAGAACAACGAAAAGUCUGCUGUCAAGUGCUAAAAACAAGGAUGGUCAGUCAACACGACGAUUAUCACGAAAAUUUGAAGUUUCAAGCUCCACAGUGCAUCGUAUUUUGAAGAAAAACAACAUUGUUUAUCGUAAACAAAAGGGAGCAUCAAAAUAUACACCGAAUCAACUCGAAAUAAUACCAAAAUGUUGCCGUGCACUUCGUGACACACAUUUUUCAAAUGGAAAAUUCAUCAUUUUGGAUGAUGAAUCAUACUUUACUUUUGCGCACCAUGAAUUGAGUGAAAAUGAUGGCUUUUACACAGACAAUAUUGAAGCAACCCCAGACAAUGUUAAAUAUGCCGGCAAAGCAAAAUUUGAGCCAAAGGUACUGGUUUGGGUGGCCAUAUCAUCGAAAGGUAUUUCAGCGCCGAUUAUUCGACCACAAGAAGCCGAAGCGAUAAAUUCUGACAUUUAUAUUGAUCAAUGCUUACCAAAACUAAAGCAAUUCAUUGAAAAUCAUCACGCCCGAGACGAAAUCAUGUUUUGGCCGAACCUUGCAAGCAGUCAUUAUGCGAAAGAAACAUUGAAUUGGCUCACUGAACAAAAUAUACCAUUUGUACCGGAAGAGGACAACCCACCAGACAUUCCACAGGCACGUCCAAUCGAAGAUUUCUGGUCAGCUUUCAAACAUAAGGUGUACGAGAAGGGCUGGGAGGCUCGAAACGAGCAACAGUUGAUGGGUCGAAUCGAGCGAAAGUUGAAGGAAAUGGAUGUAUCGGUCUGCCGGGACAUGGUUUUGAACGUUCGAAGUAUACUACGAAAAAUAGAAGACAACGGUCCGUUAAGUGUACUGUAA